AUGAAAGAGGUAAUUGCCGAAGAAGUAGGGAAGGCAAUUAAGAAUAGUCUAUCCGGUUUCAUAGACAAAAUCCAAAGUACGGUGCUAUCGUUAGUUGAGGAACGGGUUAAAAGGUUGGAGGAUAAUGUCAACCAUGUGAAAGAAAAAUCCGGAGAACGUAAGGGUUGUUCAAACAAAGAGUUUAUGGCGUGUAAACUGCCAAUCUACAACGGGGAGGUUGAGCCGAUAAUAUGCCAAAGAUGGCUAAGUGAUGUUGAAGGGGUAUUUGAGAGGACCUACUGUGGCGUAAGCGAAUUUGUGGCUUACGGAACGGGUCAGUUGAGGGGUCAAGCCAAAGAUUGGUGGGAUAACAAAAAGAAAGAGAUUGGAGCCGAAGCGGCAAGGGCCAAGACAUGGGACAAGUUUAAGGAACCAUUCCUUAAACAUCACAGUCCCAAGGCGGUCAUCAACAUAAUCAAGGAGGAGUUCAUCCAGUUAAGGCAAAGGGGUGAAACAAUUGAUAAAAUCACGGGUAUAUUAAUGGAUAAGCUGAGGUUCUGCGAUGAGCUAGUGACUACGGAGGAGCAGAAAAUAUAUUAUUAUUAUAAUAUGUUAAGCGAUGAGUAUCGAGAGUUCAUGACCCCUUCCAAGUAUGAGACGCUCACCGAGAUCAUAAAUACGGCUCGGGAAAGAGAAAUUGAACUUAAAAAGCAAAUAGAACGAGGUGAGCGAAGGGUAGUGGAAGUUAAGCCGAGCCAUACAAAGAAGGCUCGAACGACUGAGUCAGUAAAGAAGACGGAUGCGAAGGGUGGAUCGCCGAGUUGCAAAGUAUGUGGAAAGGGGCACAAGGGUGAGUGCCGCUUCAAAGACAAAUCGUGUCCCAUAUGCGGGAAGACGGGGCACACCACGUCAUUAUGUCCGGGAAAGGUCUCUGUUUGCUACAAGUGUUACCAACCGGUCCAUAAAAAGUCCGAAUGUCCGGACUUGGUUGGAAAGAAAGACACCAAAGAAUCUCCAACAGAAACUCCGAAGGCUACUGACACAUCCGCAAAACAACUUCCUGUUUGA